AUGCCCGACAUGAGCCGCUUCCCGGAUGGAAUAAGCGAAAUGAGACCGGACAUCGUCCGACAUCUCCAAGUGGCUCAUGUUAUGCUUGGCCUACUUCCAGAAACGCUGUUUUUAUCUGUCAAUAUUGUCGACAGGUUCUGCUGUGAACAAAGCUUCUGUGGGGAGGCAUACUACAAGUUGAUCGGCUGUACUGCCUUAUGGAUUGCGUCCAAGUACAUUGAAGAAAAGGGGCGGGUGCCAUCUCUCAAGCGGCUUAUGCAAUUCAUUCCCGAAGGGUAUUAUCGAGACGAGAGAUUCUUCAUCCGGUUAGAAAUGGAUAUUCUUACUGAACUGAAGUGA